AUGGAAUCGGCAUGCGCCGGUGCUUACUCGGCGGCUUCGUCGGCUGUAUGGUGGGCCGCGUCCUUGCCGCCGACGUGCAGGGAAAGCAUGGCUCACGCAGCCCUUACUUGCAGCGGAGCGACGCCCCGGUACUUCACCCCGGGCUUUGGGCCUCUCGCUCUCGGGUGGGGUUGGCUUGUCGUGGGCGUGCUCAUCGACCUUCUUUCCCGGCGAGCUGUGAGUGCGGUCGUCGCGCUAGCGGGCGGUCGCCCAUCGCCACACACCCCGUCAAACUGGGAGGCCCUGAUGUGCGAGCUCGCGGCCCGCACCCAGGACCCGCACCGGCACGAGGUGUUGCAGUACAUACUGCAAGGCGGCGAGACGGCGUUGGACGAACUCUCGCAGGCAUCAGGUCGCACGUCGGCCUCUUUGCUGGCUCACCUUCUCGCCGACGAUGCGGUCGCCGAUGGUGCGGCCCAGCGACCCGCGCGCCGACGCACGACCGGGCGAGUUGGGGAAGCUGCCCACCCGGGCCCGCCAUGCGGCGCUGCCGUUGCGCAACGCCGAGAACGAGCCAUGCAUGCGCUUGCCCAAAUGCAGUUGCUCCCCAGUACCCGCCCGGCCGCACUGCGCGACCGCCAAGCGGACCUCGAUGCUGCCGAGACCCUGUCGGACUUGUUGAGCACGAUCACUCCUUUCGCGUCACCACGUGGAGAGGCUCCAGAUGCGCUCACGGGCGCGAUGGCACCAGACGCAGCAGGAGAGGCGACACGGGGCUUCACGCCGCCAUCAACACCGCCGGUGACGGAUCAGGGCGGAGCAUGCACCGGCUACGAUGCUCGGCAGGUCGUGCCUCCUGCCAGCGGCGUCGCGCCACUACCAUGGCAGGAUGCUCGCCCGCCGAGCUCAGCGCCCGGCGAGCGCAGCGACGCCACUCCAGGGUUCACGCCACCUGCAUCGCCGACGCUGCUGCCAGCCCCUGCCCGCGAGCCGCUGUGCUGGCGAGACGUGUUCGUGGCUGUUCGUACCACUGCUCCACGCCGGUGCCGGCGCAAUGACACCGGCAGCUACGCAGGCUUGGCAAUCCCACCCCGCAUCGGCACGCGCUUCGCUGAGCUGGCGGGAGCCUUACGGAGAGCGGCCCCCGCACUGCCAUCCACCAUCCUCCGUUUCUUGCACGCCGAGCUAGCCUGCAUCGACCGCGACCCGGCUCACGGAGCGGCCGCGGCCGACGUUGCGUCGGCUGAAGCGCUGACCGCUAUGCCGCCGGCGCCUGUGCCACUACCAAGCGCACUCGCCCUCUGCAUGAAUGCACAAGGCUUGUCCCUCAACGGCGUUGGGCCGGAUGUGAUUAGCAUUCACCAUCAGUGCCACGACCGUGCCGUAACUUUCGACUUUGUUGGAAGCCUCUCUGGUUGGUGGUCCAAGCAAGUUGGUGUGUCAGAAGCAGCAGCGGGUCCUGCAGCCGCUGAUUCCGACGACGAGAAGCUCUUUGAAUGGCAUUCCUGGACGGCAUGCGCGGCCCAUGAUGGGCACAACAGCUGCAAGUGGGGUCAUCAAGGAUUGUUCAAUGAUUCCUUCUUGUUGGAAAGCUGCUAUGUCGGUGUUAUGGCCAUGCGAGCGUGCUUCCACCACGCCGCCUCGCACUUGGCGGACUGGUUGGUGCAAGUGCUUAGCCCAAAGCGGCAGGAUGAACUACCUGCCGUCAGUGAUCUUUUUCUGCUGUGGUGUGCACUGGGCAUAGACCAAGACAUCGCCAAGUUGUUGUCUGAGAUGCAACUUUUCUGGUUGGGUGGGACUUUGGUUGUGCUCCACAGUGUUCUCGACGACAGCAACUGGCUCGAGGCCAUUUCCACAUGCCUGCUGAGUGUAUGGCGCCCGCCGGCGUUCACCACAUCCAGGUGGUGCACAGUCGGCGCCUCCUGCAGAGGCUUGCUAUCCGGAUUGGUCACCGGUUAUCCAGCUUUUUUGCAAUGGCUACACACUGCCGGCAAGCUAGGAGAUUACGAAUGGCACGGCUGCAAACGCCUGGAUGCCAAAGUGUGGCACUUCGCCGCUGUUGUUGGGCUGUCUUCCUACGUUUCUGACAGUUUCUUGGCCAAAGUACUGAAGGAUUCUCGAGUGGCCCAGACGCAGCAAUCCUUGCAAGAAGUUCUUUGGAAUGAGUUUCUAUUUUUGGAUGUUCUGCCGCAGCAAUUUUGGGACAUGUUGUCUGGCCCAGUGCAGAUGACGUCGCAAGCCGUAAGAUCUGGAGUGAUAGCUGGAGCUCUGAUUUCGUGGAGCUUCCUGGAGUGGAGGGUCCUUCUUGUCGCCAGUUCGCUUCCGUGGCGUCUGUGUUCCGGCAGUGUGGAGGCCAAUGUGGACGAAUUGCUUCAACAAGCCGAGCCUCCAGACACUGGAAUUGCAUUCAAGAUCUGGGCUUUGGGUCAGGCCGGUUACAACCGCACUCGCUUAGCGCGCGCGGUGCAGCUGCUAGGCCAGUGCUCUUGGACCAGUGCCUUCACAGAGAAGCAGCACGGGUCAACCAGCGUUGUAAAGAAGCGCCACCCAGAUUACGGGGACAAUCAUUUGACAGCGAGAGCUUUCAUACACACGUUUGCUCAGAUGCUUCCAUCGUCUUCUGCUUGCGACCAGCGGCAGGUGUACCUUGCCCAUGUCAUGCAAAAAGCGCGGGAGAAGGAGGCCUCCGACCCAAAGCAGCCCAGGUACAACCGAGCAAAGAUCAUGAAGCUACACGGGCAGCAGUGGACUUCACUCCCUGAAGAGUCCAAGGCAUCGUGGGAUCGACAAGCUGCGUUUGAGAGAAGUGCCACGUGGCAGUCUCGGCAGAAGGAGUGCGACAAUCUCAAGCAGCAGUUGGGUUUGCUUAGCGAAGCAGGUUCUGGUUCUGAUUCUAAGGCACCUGGCAGUUCCAUGCUAAUUUCACAAUGCCGCUUGAGCACGUCUGAGCAAUGCAGACUGCAGAGCAUGAUCGACGACUCCAAGCUCACAGAGAAGUCCGUAGAGAAACUGCGCGCGAAGUCUCUGCAGUGCCCGCCGCCUGUCCCUGACCAGGACUUGGACAGUUGUCUGGGCCAUUCGCAACUCCGUCGCGACAGGCCGACGGAGAUGCCUGCAACGGCGCGGCGCAUUUGCCAGAUGAGGGAUCACUUUGCGCAGUCUGUUUUCCUUGUCGAGCAUCCGCAAGGAUCGCGAUUCUACAGGUUUCUCUUUGCUAUGCUCAACCCUGUUCGGCUUUUCCUGCUGGAUUUGGGUGACCUUGAAUGCCCUGUGCCUGCAGUGACUUCUGGCCCUCCGUGCUUCAAUCAACAGUGGCAGGCUUCGGUGCCUUGGCAAUGGUCCUUUUUGCCUGGACGGUUUUCAUCAGCAGAAGUGUUUGACGUGUCUCCCAAUGUCCAGAUUGGGGUUUUCCUCCACAGCUGGUUUUCCUCGGAGGGCUCUUUAUGCAGUCGUGAUGUCCUUCAACCCUUAGACUUGAUUCUGGACGCUGCUGCUUCCGAGAAGAAGGUUGCCAAGGAUCCUGACAAGUCUGCCCAAUCGCAUGCGACGUUUGACUGCGAAGGCACAGAUGAUGCAGAUUUUAGCUCUGAGGACAUCCAGUAUGACGACCUCUUCGAGCAACUGGAAGAGCAGCGGUGUGUGAUCAAUGCGGCUUUCGAGACCUUGGCGGAUCAGUUUCGCACCAGCCUCAUAGGCGGAGACUGGCAGCUUCGUCGCACCGGGCGGGUGGUGUAUGGCGUUAGGAUAGAUGUCAAAGCUGGUUCCUCGAUGGCGGAAUUCUGCGCCAAGUUCUCUCUGGCGAAGUCUGCAGGCUUCGAGCAGUCCGUCUACGGGGACGAACCGGGACAGGCAUUAGGGAAGCUGUUCAUCCAUCGAAUGUCGUUCCUGAUGCAGCUGUGGGAGGACCUCGGAAGGCCAGACCACGGGAUCCCUGCGGACAGGCUCACGGACUACGUGCCUGCGCCCGACUUGGAGACAGUCUUGUCUACAACGACGGGCCGUGUCCAGCAGAGGUACCGCAAGAUUCUAGCGCUAGCUCCCAAGGCACCCAGAGCUAGAUGA